AUGAAAAAUCUGGAGACCACUGGUCUCCUCGCUCCAAGAGUUAGAGAGAAGAGCCUCAGAUCCAACCACUUUGUCAGUCACAUUCAUCAGAGCAAGAGCCUAGCAAGACAGAUCUCCAUAAUGCUGCCCCCCGUGCUGGUCCUUCUUGGGUUCCUCAGCUUUCAUGUUCUAGCAUCUGAUCGGAUCCCCCCUGGACAGAAAUACGAGGUCGUCUUGCCACGUAAACUUCAUACACAGCACAAAAGAGAUACACAGUCCGUGCUCACCGCCAUUUACCCUCCUGCGCCUGGCGCAAACAACGAGAAGAGAGCUGACCCCCUCCCAUGCCGGUCAAGUGACACUGUCGACAGAGGCAGUGGAUGGGUGAGCUGUGACUCCAGCCCAGGAGCGGAUACCCGCCGAGUCUGUGGAAACAGACCCCUAGUGGAGGAUUUCCGUGGCUCCCGCGUGGUGGGGGGAAAGGAUGCGGAGCCCGGUAACUGGCCCUGGGCAGUGAGCAUCCAGGAGGACGUUGACAACGAGUAUUUUCAUGUAUGCGGCGGCACUGUCCUGAAUCAUUUGUGGGUUCUCACAGCUGCCCAUUGUUUCAACGAUCACAGCAAUGAUACCUGGAGACUUGUGUUUGGCGCCAACCAACUUUCAGACAUGGGGACAAAUGCUCAGAUCCGAACUGUAAUAGAAAGGAUUAAACACGAGAAAUACAACCCGGAAAUGUGGGCUAAUGACAUUGCCUUGCUCAGGCUGAAUAAGCCUCUGAUAUUUGAUAAUUACACUCAGCCAGCGUGUCUCCCUGCCAAACAAGCCAUUCUGCACAAAAUGGACGACUGCUACAUCGCAGGCUGGGGCUACCUUGAAGAAGGCCUCACUGAAACAUCGGACAUCCUCCAGGAAGCUCCUGUGAAUUUAAUUCCAGUGAAACUCUGCAACCGUCCAACCUGGUACAAUGGAGCUGUGCGUGACUAUAACGUGUGUGCCGGAUAUGAACAGGGUGGUAUCGACAGUUGCCAGGGUGACAGCGGAGGACCUCUGAUGUGCAAAAAAAGCAAAGCUAAGUUCUAUAGUGUGGUUGGCAUAACCAGCUGGGGAGCCGGCUGUGGCCAGAAGCAAAAGCCUGGAGUUUACACCUCUACCCAGUAUUACCUCCGGUGGAUCUCUAAACACAUGUCCAAGGAGAAGAAGUCUGCAUCCAAAUCUUUGAAGAUGAAGGCUGCAGAAAAAAUCUGGCCAAAAUUAGCUGAGAAAAUCAGUAAAGCUGGCAUGAAAGCCCAUUAAUUUUUGGAUGUUCUGGAAGUAGAAGAAUCAAAUCUGAACCAUCUCUUCACCAGAGGAUUAUUAUUACAUGUCAGCAAUGUGUAGAUUAGAAUGAUAAGAUUAAUAAAUAGAAAUGCAUGAAUAAGCCCUGUACUUGUGAUGAACAUGGAAUGUUGUGGAUGUGUAUUGUUAGGACUGGCUAGUGUGAAUACAAACGUGUAUU